AUGAACGACGUCAAGAGUAACCGAGAACUGUACCGGCAGUACACAGUCACGGCCCCCAAGCUGCUGGCCCACAUCUCCAAACUGCUCAUCGUUUGCCGGAAUGCAGGCAUUUCUGUACCGAAGGGCAUCAGAAACAUCUUUGAGUUCACUUGGGAGGAGCUCAUCACCGACCCCAUGGUGCCUACCGCAUCUGACAUCCUGGGCCUGGAGAUUAGCGUGGGAGCCCCGCCCUUGGUGUUGAUGGAAUCGACCCCCAUGCCGGCCCCCACCCAGAAGAAAUCCCCACCGCCAGUAACACCGCCCACAUCCACUAGGCCAGCCAAGUUCACCUUCUCCAUCGCCCAUGACCAUUUGCUGCCCUCCGCCCAGGACACCCUGCACAAGUUCCAGCGGCAGUCCGUCCACCUGCUGACAGAGCUGCUCAGCCUGAAGAUGAAGGUCAUGAUGGAGUCUAUGGCUGUGGGCGCCAACCCCCUGGACAUCACGAGGCGCUUCGUGGAGGCCAGCCAGCUGCUCCACCUCAGUGCCAAGGAGACGGCCUUCAGCUACCUGCUCAGCACCGCUGGGAAAAGUGGCUAUGCUGCUGGACAGAUGGAGAACGAGUCCCCCAUCAACAUCUCCGCCAUUGGCGUGGACUCUCCUUACCAGCUUAUCUACGAACCCGCUACUGGCUGUCUGAGCUUUUCCCUCUCAACUGGAAGGGAAGUCAAGAAGAAAACAGGGAAAUUGAAAAAUGUGGAAGAGCCCACCACACCGCCCCGCCACCGAGGCCCCGGGACCUCUGCCUCUGACAGCACCCAGCUCAGCGACCCCUGCCCCGAGGCCCGGGGGAAGCUGCAGGAGUUGUGUCGCCGUAUAGAAGCCGAGAGGGCCGCAUGGAAAGAGAGGAAUCUCUCCUACCCCGUGAUCUUACGCAACUACAGGGCAAAUAUACCCUCUCAUUCAUUGACGGGCCUGAAAGGAGACGUUCAGCCCCUGAGCUCCCACCCCGCUCACCCUCUUGGUGCUCACACUUCCACUCCCGCCCCCCACCACCCUGCCUCCCACCAUCCUCACUUCAACCGGCAGUCACAGGACAUCAAGUCAGCCAAGAAGGUCAGCAAGUUGCAUUACACUUUCUAUGAUGGGUCCUCCUUCGUUUACUAUCCCUCCGGAAACAUCGCCAUGUGUCAGAUCCCCACAUGCUGCAGAGGGAGGACCAUCACCUACCUCUUUAAUGACACACCCAGCUUCUCCUUCCUGGCUCUAUUCAAUGCUGAAGGCCAGGGCUGUGUUCACUACAACUUGAAGGCCUGCUGCCCCUACGUCUUGGUCUUGGAUGAGGAAGGUGGGGCCACCUACGACUACAAGGGCUACGUAGUCCACAAGUGGAACUGGACCUCCAAGACGGAGACUUUGCUCUCCCUGCAAUAUAAGGUGAACGAGCAAAUGAAGCUGACGGUGCUGGGGCAGGAUGCCAUCAUGGUCACCUUCACCUCCGUGAAUGAAACAGUUACACUCACUGUGUCAGCCAACAACUGUCCCCACGGGAUAGCACAUGAUAAACGGCUGACACACAGAAUCAACAACAUGGACGAGAAGACGGCUAGGCUGUGCCGGGCCCUGGCGGAGAUCAAGCGGCGGUUCCAGAAGACGGUGACUCAGUUCAUGAACUCUGUCUUGCUGGCGGCAGGCCUGUUCACCAUCGAAUAUACUGUGAAGGAAGAGACGGAAAUCAGCCGAGCCAGGAUAAAAUCUGGGCCCCAUCUGGAGCAGGGUACCAAGCUCAGUCGGCACUCGGGGGAAGUCCUGUCAUCACAGUCUCAGUUGACCCGAGCCGAAGUCUCCGCAGGGGAGUCUGUGAGGGAAGACUCCGUGUGUGUUCCUGUGAGGCGCCUUCGGAAGAAGACCAUCCAGACUGAAGCCAAAGCCGUGGCCGUGCCCAGAGGGAAGGCGAGAGCGCCGCACUGCACCACCAGAGGGGAGGCCUUGCCCUCUGACUGCCCUCUAGUGCUGCGAAAGCUCAUUCGAAAGGAAGACUUCCGGGCCGGCUGCAAGUGCUUGGUGAAGACACCCCUGGUGUCUGACGUGGAGCUGGCGCACUUCCUGUCGGCGCCCCGGGACCCCACCCAGGUGCUGGUGUUUGGGAUAGUGGCAGGCCAGAGCCCCACCAGCACGGCGGAGCUCCAGUGGCUGUUCAACACCCUCUACAGUCACCAGCAGCGGGGUCGCGCCUCACCCUGCAUCCAGUGCCGGCAUGACCCCUACCGCCUGCUGCGGUAUGACCUGGACAGCCCCCUGCAGAAGGACCCGCCUCUGCUGGUGAAGAACAAUGGUGUGGUGCAGGGGAUGAUUCUGAUGUUUGCUGGGGGGAAGCUCCUUUUCGGGGGCAGCGUUUUGAAUGGCUACGGCUUAAGCAGGAAGAAUCUGCUGAAGCAGAUCGACCAGGCUCAACACAACUGCAAGAUGGGCUGCUUCCUGCCGGGCAACUACAAAUUUAGCAGCCCAGCCUCCAUCUGGAGCCCGGAAGACCCUGACUCGGUCAAGAGAGUAAGGUCAGAAGACAUCCAAGGAAGCUUCUCCUCGUUGGCCAUAAGGGACAACGUGGAGGAGUCGUCGUCUUCUGAAGCUGAGAAGAAGUAG